GUAUCAGAUAUUACCGUUGUUAAAAAUAUAUUAGAUAUUACCGGUCAAAACGAGUAUAAAUAUAUAUCCAAAGAGCACUCGUACUAUCUCAUACAACAACAAAAAAAUAAUCCCACGCUGCUUUUCGAGUUCUAACAAGACGCUGGGGUGUUUCGCAAGAAAAAUAAUAUGUCGAGCCUCCCGUCGAAGAAAAGUCUUGACGAUCUCUACACUCGAUUUGUUGUGAACGGCCCCGAGGAAGAAAAACAGUCUAUGAAUCGACUAAUGUUUCUUGUAGAGAGUGCUCACUGGUACUACGAAGAUAACGUUGUCGAAAACGACAAAACCCUAAAGUCGCUGUCCUUUGGAGAGUUUACUCGUCUCUUAUUCAACAACUCCGAUGUGUUGAGACCUCACGUUGCAAACAUGGAUAAGAUAUUCAGAGACUUUGGUUAUUACAAGUCUCGAAUCCCGGUCGCUGGUGCGAUUAUAUUGGACGAGACAUGCGAGCGUUGCUUGCUGGUCAAGGGAUGGAAAAAAUCAUCGAACUGGAGCUUUCCACGAGGGAAGAAGAAUACGAACGAAGAAGAUGAUGUUUGUGCUAUACGAGAGGUCCUCGAGGAGACAGGGUUUGAUGUCUCGAAGCUGCUUAAGAAAGAAGAAUACAUCGAGAUUACAUUCCAAGGAAAGAAGAGAGUGAGGCUUUACGUUGUGGUCGGUGUGAGAGAUGAUACAGCUUUUGCACCGCUAACGAAGAAGGAGAUUAGUCAAAUCUCAUGGUUUCGGCUUGAUGGGCUUGAAAGUGGAUUCGCUGGUCUCAAGUUGUUUGAGGUUGCACCUUUUCUAGCAUCCUUGAAGUCGUGGAUAUCAAAGCACAUGUCUCCUCUGAGCAUUGACAAGCACCUUAAACCACCACUCUGCGUGUGGACUACAACAAGGAAGACAAGGACAAAAAUAACAGUAACAUCAACGGAAAGAAGAUGCAAUGUAAAACCUUGGAAACAGUCUCUAAAGGUCAACAAGUCAGCAAUCUUGCAGGCCUUGGGAAUUUGUUCUUGAGUAGAGUCAGUCAAAGGGUGUGGUCGGAUUGUAGAGCAAAAUAGUACAUGAUAUCUACUUUUCCUAUUUGGUUUGUUGUACAUGAUUAUAUUGUAUAUCCAGUAGUAAAUGAAACCAAGCUUUAUUCUUUAUUUUUAAAGACGUUUUUCUUAUUAAUUUCAGAGCAAGUAACAGAAAUAUACAUACAAACUAUAAUAUAGAUGCUUCUAUGGAGAAUAAAACUUAGUUAUGUACAAUCAAAGACCUUUUAUCUUCAUUGCGUGGAGCAAAGCUAGCUUAAAAGAGAAACGAACUUACUGUGUCUAUACAAGUUUGUUGUUGCUACCUUUUAGUGUAUAACUUUUUCGCAGACAAUCUGAAUUACAAAGGCGAUCCGCAGAGGCAAAUAUGACGGGUUAAUGUACAUUGUACAUAUUUCAUGCUCAGAAUAGGAUAUGAUGCAAUGCUUGUUUUGGAGUUAAUUCUAAUGCGGUUUUGAAGUAUACUCUUGAUGCUAAGCCCAUGAUGCUAUAUACUAAAAACGGUGAAGGUGGGAUACGUUGGUGAAGGUACUAGAAUUUGUUUUAGAAAACUAAAAAUCUGGCAGAUUCAGGUUUCGAACCUAUGACCCUUGCGUUUAUUAGCACGACGCACUAACAAUCUGAGCUAAUAUUCAGGUUUCGAACCUAUGAACCUAUGAUUAAAAGAAACUCUCCAAGGGAAGGAACUACUCUAGUGAUAAGUCCCACAAAGGUAGUAUCAUCAAACUUAACUCAAACAGAACAUCUAAAACCUUCUUUGUGAGAAAGAUGUUAACUGUCUUCUUCAAUGAUCUCACAGAUAAGAAAGACAGAGAUUCAAAGAAGGAAAGAAGCAAAAAGAGAAGGUGCUUAACCGAUAACCUUAAAACAGAUGGUGCCAUGUCUUUUAUAGCUUUUAUUAACAUUAACCAUGUUGAGUUUGCAGCAUUAUUCAUCCUCAGAGUCUUCAUCUAGCAGCGAUGAAGAAGAAUCUAGAAAGUCAAGAUCGAGUUCUAAAAGAUCAAAGAAAGAGAAGAAGCACAAGUCCAGCAGAGACAAACACUCUAGCAAAAACUAAAGAGGAAACCGAUGGCCCUGUACCACUCUCUAGAUUCUUUGGCAAUCCAAAGAGUUGAACAAACAUGCAAAAAAAAACCACUGCAAGAGUUAUUGAAUAUCUUCCUCAAUCAAAAUACUCAAAUUAGGAUAUUGUUUGUUUUCUUCGUUGUUGCAAUGUAUUAUUAUUAUUUGUUGGAUUGAAAGUUAAUAAUAAUUCCCACAUAA